AUGGGGAAAUUUGUCAUGCUCAAAGAAAAGCCGCUGCAUUCCCGACCUCAGCAAAGACGGCUCUUCGUGCAGAUUGCUUGUAUUCUCGCUUUGGUAUGGGUCUGUUAUCGGACUCUGAUCGGCUUGGGGGGGUCCUCGCAUUCUUCGCAAGAUAAUCGUGCAGCGGAGGAUCACCAUCUCACAGAGAGCUUGUCUCGGAUGGUGAAGCUGCUACCAGAUGAAUCCCAGACCUACAAGCUGCUGAAGCCGGUUGGGACCACCGGAGAAGAGAGAUUGAAAGAAUUCGGACUGCGCACUCGCGAAUACAAGGAGCUGUUCGAAGCCUGGGAGACAUUACAUAUCAGCACCAUCGGCGACAAUAGAUUUAUCCGCGACGAUGUGAUCCAACGCAUACAGCGCAACCCUCAGAUCGCCAGCUCGCUUUCCAUGGGCCACGCCGAACUGAUCCAAUAUUACGAAUCUUAUCGCUCAACUAUUACCCGUCUGGCGACCCUGUUGUUCCCAUGGACAGCGCCUUACUUCUCGGACCAUUUACAACUGCGCCACCAGUUAUCGCAAGGCGGGCGCGGUCUGGUUUUCACCGCAGGGAACAGCCAUGCUCCCUACUUGCUCACCUCGAUCCCGGUUCUCCGCCAAUUAGGCUGCCACCUGCCGAUCGAAGUGAUGUAUCUGGGCGAUGACGACCUCCAACCGAAAUAUCGGACCCAACUAGAGGCCCUUACAGGCGUGGUAACACGGGACCUGCGGCGGAUGGUCAACGACGUGGGAUGGGAAUUGAGAGGGUGGGCCGGCAAGCCCUUCUCGGUGCUGCUGUCCAGCUUCCGGGAAGUGAUCUUCAUCGACGCGGAUUCUCUAUUCCUGCAAAAUCCAGCGGACCUGUUCGAUGACCCCGCGUACAACGAGACCGGGGCGUUGUUCUUCAAGGAUCGAAUCAUUCUCCCCGAGUCGAAGAAGGAAUGGCUCACGCGGAUUCUUCCGCCCCCGGUUUCCAAGAAUGUGAGGGACACCCGUUUGUGGACCGGUGAGAGUGGCCAUAUGCAGGAGUCAGGCGUCUUGGUCAUCGACACAUGGAGGCAUUUUGUGCCUCUUCUUCUGGUCACCCGCAUGAACGGGCCGGAUCGUGAUGGGGAUUCGGCGCGGGGGGUUAGAGGCGUGUAUGACAUGCUUUUUGGUGACAAGGAAACGUUUUGGCUCGGCUGGGAGCUUACAGGAGUCACGGAUUAUGCAUUCCACGAUGGCGGUGCCGGAACGAUGGGAGUUGCUAAGACUGAGCCGAGCAGCCAAUCCGACAGCUACACCAUCUGCGCACCACAGCUUCUGCACCUUGACCGGACGGGCAGACCUCUUUGGUUCAAUGGGUGGUUGCUACCAAAUAAAUUUUCCAGCAAGGAGCCCGGCAAGUUUGAAUCUUUCAUCAGGGAAGAGGAGGGAUAUGUGAACGAUGACAGUCCGUGGCAGCUGCGCACCAGCAACGUUUGCUGUCUCACGUCGAACAAGGUGUUUGACUUUUCCGACAAGGAGAAGCGUGUUCUCGAAAUGACUAUUGAUUCAGGGAGGCGCACGGGAGCAUUGGGAGAGAAGAGCACGAGCUCAUAG